AUGCAGUUCAGCACAUUUGAGCCGGCGGUAACGCACUCCAUCCUAGCCAUCAGCGACCUCUACGAGCAGUUCCACACCGGAACCGACGAGAUCGUUGCCCCGCGGGACUACAGCUUUGCCGUGCGCCACUACAAUGCGGCUAUGAGAGAGCUGAUUGGUAUGAAGACGCAGGACAAGCACCCCACGGUCCUGCUUGUCUGUCUCCUGUUCAUCUGCAUCGAAUUUCUGCAGUCUGGGCGCGAAGCCGCUAUUAAACACUGCAAGCAUGGGGUCGCGCUCCUUAGAAAUACCCACAGCGAAUUUCCCUGGACAAAGGAGCAUCUUCUCCCACUUUUCCGACGACUCACAGAGUACUCGUUCUUCUUCAGCGGCGAGAAGGCCGACUUUCCGGACCUGAGCGGACUGGAACAUCCUGUGCCCCCAAGCUUUUCCUCGUUUCAAGACGCCCAGUUGAUGAUUGACGAUCUCUACUGCCAAACCCUCCAGCUCAUGAAGCAAGGAUAUCCUUUUCGUUCCCUGUCGCCAACAGGAAAUGGCGUUCCUCAGAAAUUACUAGCGCGGCAAGAAUACGUCAAUAGUAUGCUCGAUCGGUGGAGCAUUCUCUUCACCCAGCUGAGCAACCAAAGCAAAUACACGUCCUCGCCGACAAAUAAGGCUUCGGAGGCAAAACCAGACUAUGUACCGAAUAUGCUGCGCGGUUUCCUCUCCACUCGAUACGAGUGCUGCCGUAUUUGGCUAAAUAUGGCGUUCACUAACAAUUUGACUGGUUACGACAAAUAUGUGUUAAACUACAGCCGACUAGCGAAAAAUCUCGCCGAAAUGGUCGUUCAAAUAUCAGAACACUCGAAGAUGGAAGGCGUCCACGCCAAAUCGUCGAAAUUCAUGUUCGAAACGGGGUACACGCCAAUGUUGUUCUUCUUUACGACCACAUGUCGUCACCUGGAGACGCGGCUGGAGUUACUCAGGCUGAUGCCUAUCCUCGGACUCCCGCGAGAGAAUCUGUGGGAGAUGGCGACGCUAGUUGCCGUAGCACGGAGGGUCAUUGAGCUCGAACACGGCAUUUCGCUGGACCCUGCUGGGCGGCCAACGGUCCCCGUCUCACCCUCCGCGCCUCUGCCGCCAAACGAAAAGAGGGUGGCGGAUAUCUGGACGGAGCCCAAGACUGAAGAAAGAAAUAUGAACGGGCACAUUAAUUCGUGGAAGUAA